AUGGAGAAAGCUCUAAAAUGGAAGGGUAGCAAUCCCUUGCUAUCAAAGGAUGAUGUAGGUAAAUCCAAACCAUGUUCUUAUCAACUCCCACAAGACGGUUUUGCAUAUGGCCGACCAGAGAAGAAGGACUCCGAAGGUGCUAAAGAAGUCACUUCUUCUUGGGCAUAUCACCAACAAAGUAGGGUAACUUCGUCCAAAAAGGACUUUCUCUCCAUGAACAAGUCAGGAGCUACAGACUCAAGGGACUUUAAGGUAUCAGCUGAGCCAAAACACAAGGGUAAAAAGGCAGCUCCACCUCCUGACAUGAUCUACGGAAUGAUGAAUAGACCCUCAACUCCUAUAGAAGGAGUCAUCUCCAAUACCUACGGGACCUAUGCUGAGCAAGAAUCUGAGGAAAAUUACAAAAAGAUGACAACGAAGCCAAAGAUUAAGAAAAAGGUGCCAGGUAUCAGAACCACUAAGGCUGAGGAGAAGAAGAUGGAAUUCCAAAAGACCAAAAAGGAAGGACCUGUCAGCUCCAAAGCUGAUGAUUUCAAGAUCAAGAGAUUUACUAAAGUAGAAUCUCGUGUCAAAGCUGAGCUGAAGAAGUCCAAGAAACCUAACAAAGACAUCGAUGCUGGUCCUGAAGAAGGGAAGGAAUAAUAAUUCAUCUCAAUUCAUUUAU